AGUUUCCCCAGUGGUCACCUUUGAAAAGGGAAAAAUGUGUGAAAAUAGGCAACGCUGAAUAUAAACCACUUAAUUCAGCCUCCGCUCCUGUGAGGGCGUGGGGGAAAGCCAGUGGAAGAGGGGCUAGAGAGGAGGAAGAGGCGGGAGGUGCGGCGGGGCACAGGUGACGCUCCUCCCGCCUCCCAAGCAGAGCUCCAGGCGCACAUCCGCAGUCAGCCACCUCGCGUGCGCCUCCAGGAGCGAGGAUGGAGAGGCUGGUGAUCAGGAUGCCCUUCUGUCAUCUGUCUACCUACAGCCUGGUUUGGGGCAUGGCAGCAGUGGUGCUGUGCGCAGCACAAGUGCAAGUGGUGACCCAGGAUGAAAGAGAGCAGCUGUACACUCCUGCUUCCUUAAGAUGCUCUCUGCAAAAUGCCCAGGAAGUCCUGAUUGUGACAUGGCAGAAAAAGAAAGCUGUAAGCCCAGAAAACAUGGUCACCUUCAGCGAGAACCAUGGGGUGGUGAUCCAGCCUGCCUAUAAGGACAAGAUAAACAUUACCCAGCUGGGACUCCAAAACACAACCAUCACCUUCUGGAAUAUCACCCUGGAGGAUGAAGGGUGUUACAUGUGUCUCUUCAAUACCUUUGGUUCUGGGAAGAUCUCAGGAACAGCCUGCCUCACGGUCUAUGCCCAUAGUAUCCCUUCACUACAAAUACUCUGAAGACCACCUAAACAUCACUUGCUCUGCCACUGCCCGCCCAGCCCCCAUGAUCUUCUGGAAGGUCCCUCGGUCAGGGUUUGAAAAUAGUACAGUGACUCUGUCUCACCCAAAUGGGACUACGUCUGUUACCAGCAUCCUCCAUGUCAAAGACCCUAAGAAUCAGGUGGGGAAGGAGGUGAUCUGCCAGGUGCUGCACCUGGGGACUGUGACUGACUUUAAGCAAACCUUCGACAAAGGCUAUUGGUUUUCAGUUCCACUAUUGUUAAGCAUUGUUUCCCUGGUAAUUCUCCUGGUCCUAAUCUCAAUCUUACUGUACUGGAAACGUCACCGGAAUCAGGACCGAGCAUCUUGUAUAUACCAGGGGCUGAAUAAAUGUUAAUUUACUGAAUGAACUGACUGACGACAGAGAGAAUUUUUAAGAGCCCUAAAUGAGUCACAUAGCACCCUGAAAGUGAUUCCCUGGUCUACUUGAAUUUGACACGAGAGAAAAGCAGGAGGAAAAGGGGCCAUUCUCCAAAGGACCUGAAAGAGCAAAAGAGGUGGGAGCGAAAGCCUUAAGGAUCCCACGACUUUUUACUGCCAUCUGAGCUACUCAGUGUUUGAAUCCCAAGAGGAAGUCAUUUUACCUCUCAGGUCUGUUGUAGGACUUGAUUUUGUAAAGCAAUGCCAUGUUAUGUGGUUGAAAGAGCACUGGACUUAGUAUCAGGAGCACUAAGCUCACAGACUGACUUGGACUCCUACUGGUGGGGACCUCUGUUAGUCACUUUACCUCAUCCAAAGUAUAAAGGAAUUGGACCAAAUAAUUUACCACAUAGCUCUAAAACUUAAUUUAAAAUGUAAUUCUAGGAAAAAAAAAAGGGGGAAUAAGCAAAGAGGAAAGAAGUGAAAGAGAGAGAGAAGAAAGAAUACAGAGAGAUGACCUUUUGCCUUUCUGUUGAUGUUAUAUCCCUUCUUCCUAUAUUCUUAGGUCUAUGAGUCUGUUUCCCCAUCAUUGGGUAUCUAGUCCACUUCCUGCUUACUGCUUUGCUAAUAGCUGGCCUUGCUAGAAUCAUUGGUUUCACUGCUGUUCUUCAUGUGCUUCUGUGAGAUUUACUCCAACAAAAAUAGGACUGAAUUUAUUGUGAAGUAACAUUGGCAAUCUUAACUUAUUCAUUUAGCUUACCUAUUUUUAUAGCUGGAUAAAUAUUGUUAGUCUUAGAAUAGCUCACAUUUUUUGAGAAGCAUGCUUUCCCUGUCCAUUUGUCUUAUAACAUGACCCAGCCCUAUUUUAAGUCAUUCUAAAUUCAGCCUCAUAUAAUGAAAAUACAUUAUGAAAACAGAUGUUUAGGAGAUUUCCUGUAUAGCAGUCAGCCAAUUCAUAUGCUUUGUCUCUGCUGACUUCUGUUGCCAUGCAUUAACUUUUCACAAUAGCAGAGGAGGCAAAUAUGAGCAUACAAUCCCUUUGUUCUAAAGAUAUUGUUCCAGCUAGUGGAAUGAUGUUGAAUCUUUAAUAACCGUGAGACCAAAUUAGUUGCUUUUUCAGUAUCUUUUGCUUUGUCUGUGUCUAUCCAGUGGCCUAGGAAUUAAAGUGUAAGUUGUUUUCACUGUUAUAUUGGAUAUUUAUAUAUAGAGAGAGCGCGCAAGAUUUUCAUGUGUUAUUUAAUUCUGUAUUGUUUCUUAUAUUUGUAGUAAAAUAUUGAACAAUUAAAAGUGUUGGCUCCAAA